AUGGCUGCUGUGCUCAUGGCAACAUGGGAAGCGUUAUCGAGCACCAUGGUGUCUGGGCUGGUCAGCGGAGGACCGGUCUCCCUUCUGUAUGGUUUCAUUUUGGCUUUCCUCGGUGCUGUAUCAACUGCAGCAUCACUGGGUGAACUGACAUCAAUGUAUCCUACUGCUGGUGGGCAGUAUCAUUUCAUUGCAAAGCUCGCUCCAGAUCAUUGGCAGUACCCCCUAAGCUGGUUCACUGGAUGGGUCGCGAACUUUGGCUGGAUAUCCUUCACAGCCAGCGCCCCUUUCCUAGCUGCAACGAUGAUUCAAGGGCUCAUAAUCCUCAACGAUGCACAAUAUAAUUUUGAGCGAUGGCAUGGAAAUCUACUAUAUUGGGCCUUUGUGUUGUUCGCGAGUGCGAUCAAUCUAUGGGGCACUCGAUUAAUGACGCUGGUCGAACACGUCUCCUUGGUCAUACAUGUCGUGGCAUUCGUUGUGAUAAUUGUGGUAAUGUGGGUUUAUGUCCCAGCCCGCCACUCUGCCAGCUUUGUGUUCACACAUUUCGCGAAUAACUCGGGCUGGUCAAGCAGUGGUCUUUCUUGGUGUCUAGGAAUGCUUUCAAGCUGCUAUGUCUUGGCUGGGUAUGAUGGAGCAAUCCAUCUCUGCGAGGAAAUGCAGACACCUGAGACCUCUGUACCCUGGUGCAUGCUAGGCUCUCUGGCAAUCAACGGUCUCCUAGGCUUUGUCUUCCUGCUAACGAUUCUUUUCUGCAUGGGAGACAUGCAAGCCGCGCUCAAUACUGAAACCGGAUAUCCUAUCAUCGAAAUAUUCUACAGUAUAACGGGCAAUAAAGCUGCGGCUACUGCAAUGACUUGCGUACUCAUCCUCAUGGCCGUUUUAGCCACUAUUCCGUUGAUGGCUUCGACGUCUCGUAUGUUGUGGUGCUUGGCUCGAGAUAAGGCAUUCCCUUUCUCGAGAUACCUUUCCAAAAUCGGCGAGAAAAGGCAGGUUCCCGAUUAUUCAGUGCUCACGGUGACCGUACUUCUGUUGCUUCUGGGCUUGAUCAAUAUUGGUUCCACAACAGCAUUCAACGCCAUUAUCUCCCUCGCUGUCUUCGGUCUUCAUUUGUCUUAUUUACUACCCAUUGCACUUAUACUUUGGCGCCGUUUAUCUACUCCGAAAUUGCUGACCUAUGGACCAUGGAAACUAGGAGGCUGUGGAGUGAUACUUAACAUUUUGUCCCUGGUCUAUCUGAGUUUCACAUGUAUCUUCAUGCUUUUUCCCCCAUACUAUCCUGUGACUGCCGCGAACAUGAAUUAUGCGUCGCUGAUCUUUGGGGCUGUGGCUAUUUUCAGUUUGAUCUAUUGGGUCUGGAGGGGACGGAAAGUGUACGAGGGGCCCGUGAUGGAAAACCAUAUUCACUAG